GUUGCCAAAUGGCCCGUUUGUCCUGCAGCUGAGCGGCCCGCAACUGGUGAUGACCAUGAUGCCGCUAGCACCGACGCCCAUCGUCGCCGUUCCUUCCAAGCCCAAGAUCGGCUUCAGCAUCGACUCGAUCGUCGGCGGCCACGGCCUCAGCAGGGCCUCACCCAACAGCACCAGCAGCGAGCCGCCCCCGAGUCCGUCGUCGUCCGACCGGCCCCGCAACUCGCCCAGUCCGGCCGCCGGCCAUCAGCGGCCACGAUCGCCAGGAUCCCCGCCCGCCCCUCUGGUCCGUCCGGCCGCCUCCAGAGACUCGGCCGCGGCCGCCGCCCUGUUCGCUGCGGCCGCCGGAUACUCGCCGGACUCGCUCAAGGCCUUCUACCACAAUGGCGCCUCCGAGCAACCGGCCCUCGCGGCCCACCUCCAGGCCGGACUGGCCGCCGCGAUGGCCCAGCAUCAGGCGGCCGUGGCUGCUGCGGCUGGCGGCCCCCAGGGGCCCCCGCACCCGCAGCACCAACAUCAUCCCGGAGCGCAACACCACCCCCAUGGACCGCCGCCGCCAGUGUUCCUGCCGCAGCACCACCAAAUGCCCAGAGACUCUUACCCUUUGUACCCGUGGCUCCUCUCCAGACACGGCAGAAUUUUCCCGCACAGGUUCCCUGCUGGGCCUGACAUCCCCGGAUUCCUUCUGCAACCCUUCAGGAAGCCGAAGCGGAUACGAACCGCCUUCAGCCCGAGUCAGUUGCUCAAACUGGAGCACGCGUUUGAGAAAAACCACUACGUCGUCGGCGCCGAAAGGAAACAAUUGGCGCAAUCUCUCAGCCUGACUGAAACACAGGUUAAGGUGUGGUUCCAAAAUCGGCGGACGAAACACAAGCGGAUGCAACAAGAAGAAGAGGCCAAGGCCCAAGCGGCCGCCUCGGGCAACAAGACGUCCCACCACGUGACCAAGUGGAAACAAGAGACGCAGCAAGAGAUGUCCCGGUCAAGCAGUCGGUGCAGCAACAGCAGCACCGGAAGUCGGCACUUGGUCGACAUCGAGCGGGACGACGACUCUUGUGACUCAAUCUGCUCGGACAUUUAAUUCAAAAAUAAAAAACUAUGCAAUGGACCAAAGUAAAAAGUGAACCGAGAAAAAUUCAAAGUGGCCAAGUGUGCGAAUUCUUAAUCUAUGUUGUUGAAAAUUAAAAAAAAGGACGAUUUUCAUCUCGCCUCGUGUGUGUUGCCAUAUUUAUUAUAUAUACAAAAAUCAUGAACUCGAAUAAUAAAAUUAUUUAGUGCCAUGUGUACAAUACGCGACGAUUCUCCUUGGAAAAUUUUUAUUAUAUUAAAUAUAUGAAAAUAAUAAUUUCAGAACUUUUAGACAGGUGUGUAAAAUGAUUUGAGGAGAAUCGAUCUUUUGACGUCUGUUGUGUAUGCAAAGAUUAGCAAAUCAUGAUAAUAUAAUUAUAUAUAUUACAAUUACAAACAUGACUGUACCAUACAAUUGUGUAUAUGUGUGCUAAAUUUAGCAGAAUAAACGAAAAACGCUCGUCUGUGGAAAUAUA